GUCCCCGCGUCCCCAGUAAUCCCUCUGCUCCGUCCGAUCUUGGUCUUUAUAAGGACCCCUCCUCCGUCCCAAUCGUUUGGAUAGCAGCGUCACCACCCACACUUCAGACGGACUGGCACGUCAUUGCUCUCUUUGGAUGUAUUGCUGGCGGACAACCCGCAUCAGUUGUACCUGCAUCUAGAUCAUACUCUACCACCAUUGAGCGUUUCCGCUUUGUCUCCUUCACCAUGUCGUCCAGUUCUCGAGCUCUGUCCCGAUUGCGUGCACUGGCAGCUAACUGCUCUCCUCCGCCUGAAGGCCUGUCCUUCACACCGGAACAGCGCAUCGCCAAGAACCUGACUGGCCUCAUCCCGCAUGUCCUGGAGGGCAACGACAGGCAGUGCGAGCGCGCGCUCAAGAUGAUCCGGACACGGCAGACGAAUAUCGACAAGUACCUGUACUUGUCGAACCUCAAGAGCCAGAACGUUGACCUCUUCUACCGCCUGCUUAUCGACCACUCCAAGGAGCUGAUGCCAAUCGUGUACACGCCCACCAUUGGCGAUGUCUGCCUGCAGUACUCGACUCUGUACACGCGCCCCGAGGCGCUCUACAUCUCCAUCAAGCAGCGCAAAUCCCUGAAGACAAUUCUAAGGAAUUGGCCCUACCCCAACCCCGAGAUCUGUGUUGUGACGGACGGUUCUCGCAUUCUCGGCCUGGGCGAUCUUGGCAUAAAUGGCGUGGGCAUUCCGAUUGGCAAGCUGGCCCUGUACACGGCGGCUGCCGGUAUUCAUCCGGACAAGACGCUUCCCAUCGUGCUCGACUGCGGCACUGCCAACGAAGCGAAUCUCAAAGACCCGCUCUACCUCGGCUUGCGCGCCAAGCGCGUCCCGAUUGCCGAGCAGCAGGAGUUCAUGGACGAGUUCAUGCAGGCCGCUGCCGAGGUCUAUCCUGAGAUGGUUGUGCAGUUUGAGGAUUUCGAGAGCGAGAAGGCCUUCAAUUAUCUCGACCGGUACCGGAACAACUACAAGUGCUUCAAUGACGAUAUCCAAGGCACAGGUGCCGUUGUCCUUGGCGGCUACAUUGGAGCCGUGAACCUUUCCGGCGUUCCAGUCGAGGAACAGCGCCUCGUGUUUAUGGGCGCCGGCUCUGCCGGAGUCGGUGUCGCGAAGCAGCUGGUCGAGUACUACACCAAGCGCGGUCUGUCAGAGCAGGCCGCUAAGGACAAGUUCUGGCUCGUCGACACCAAGGGCCUCGUCACCAAGGACCGCGGCGAUAAGCUCGCCGAGCACAAGAAGUACUUUGCUCGGACGGACAACAACGGCCACCAGUUCCGCUCUCUUGAGGAGGUCAUUGAGUAUGUCAAGCCGACCGCCCUGGUCGGCCUGACGGCCACCCAUGGCGUCUUCACCGAGUCUGUGGUGCGGGCGCUCAAGGCGUCCGUCGAUGCUGGCGGUCUCGGCCGCAGGCCCAUCCUGUUCCCUCUCAGCAAUCCUCUGACCAAGGCCGAAUGCACGUUCGAACAGGCCGUGGCGUGGACCGACGGGACCGUCAUCUUCGCCUCCGGCUCGCCCUUCUCCCAGUUUACUGUCAAGACCAGUGACCACGCCGUCACGUACUAUCCCAACCAAGGCAACAACGUCUAUGUGUUCCCGGGUAUCGGCCUCGGCGCCAUUCUCUCCAAGGCCAGCCGCGUGACGGACAACAUGAUCUACACGUCGGCUGCUGCCCUGGCCGGCUCGCUCAACGCAGAGGAGAUUCAUAAGGGACUUAUCUACCCGCGGAUCGAGCGCGUCCGCGAGGCUAGCCUCAUCGUCGCCCGUGAGGUCAUGAAGGCCGCGCGGCGCGACGGCGUCAGCCAGCUGCCUGAGGAGCAGUGGCUCGAGUGGGAGGAGUGGGGAGACCCGGCGCUUGACAAGUACAUCAAGGCCCGGAUCUACGACCCCCAGCUCUGAAUAUGACGCACCUGCAAGGGCAUCGUUCGCUGGAGUGACGUUGCU